AUGAGGGAAGCCGGCAUUAUUGAUGACAUACUACUCAAAGGGAUAACUCCAAAAAGACCUAAACCAGGUCGUUUACGUUUACAACCAAAAGUGCAUAAGAAAAAUCACCCCAGUCGGCCAAUCAUAUCAACAAACGGAACUGCAACGGAAAAAUUAUCAGCUUUCAUAGAUUACAAAUUAACUAACCUCAUGUGCAAAGAGGUUAUACCAUCAUAUGUCAGAGACAGUAUGGAUUUUCUGAAUAUUCUGAAAAAAAUUGACAAUAUUCCGCCAGGAUCUUAUUUAGUAACCAUGGACGUGACUUCCUUGUAUACAAAUAUUCCACAUAAAGAUGGCAUCUUAGCGGUGGAGAAGUAUCUCAGUAAAUAUACCACAGAAAAACGGGAAAUUCCAUAUAUUAAAGAAGCAGUUAAUAUGGUUCUUGAUAAUAAUAAUUUUUUAUUUGACGGAAAGCAUUAUCUCCAAAUCAAUGGGACAGCGAUGGGAACUAAGAUGGCUCCCAAAUAUGCAAACAUAUUUAUGGCAUAUUUAGAGUCUGAGAUUCUAGAAACAGCGAAGAUUAGGCCACAAUACUACUAUAGAUACAUCGAUGACUAUUUUCUGAUCUGGACACACGGCGAAACCGAGCUUAUAUCUUUUAUAAACCAUGCGAAUUCAAUACACCCUUCUAUCAAGUUCACAUUCGAAUACUCAACGGAAAACAUUACAUUUUUAGACGUAAAAGUCCAUAUCAUAGACAACAAAUUGGAAACGGAAAUUUACACUAAAGACACGGACUCUCACCAAUAUCUUUUACCCUCCUCAUGCCACCCCAAACAUAUUACUGCAAACAUUCCAAAGGGACUCUUCAUAAGAAUAAGAAGAUCGUGCUCAAAUGUCGAAUUUUUUGACAAGCAUGCAGGAAUUAUGAAACGCUAUCUCAUGCAACGAAAUUACGAAGAGACUUCUAUUGACAAAACAAUAAAAUUGGUAAAAGAAAUGAACAGAGAUUACCUUUUAACACCGAAAAGUACAAAACAAGGUCAGCAACUAUUGCCAUUUAUUACCAACUACCACCCAAACCAACCGCACUUUAGAAAAAUAUUUUCGGACUACCAAUAUAUUCUUGACAACAAUGAACGACUAAAAGAGAUUUUCCCUCAACCUCCGAAAAUUGCAUAUAGAAAGUGCCCUACAUUACGCGAUAGACUGGUUAGAGCUAAACUACAACCAGUAAUAUCACAGAAAGUACAAUCUGGUUUUUAUAAAUGUAAUAGAAAAGCAUGCACCACCUGUAAAUAUUACGAAGAAACAAAAAUAAGUACCGGGAACGUGACGGGAGUCCAUAUAAACAUUAACGAAAGGAUAAGUUGUAAAUCAAAUAAUGUUAUUUAUCUAAUAAACUGUAAGAAAUGUGGGAUGCAGUAUAUCGGCGAGACCGGAAGGUCGUUAAAAUAUCGUAUAACAGAACAUCUGAGAAGUAUUACGAAAAGGAAAUAUGAUUUAGUAGUGGGAGAACACUUCAACAAACUAGGACAUUCAAUAAGUGACUUUUCAGUAACUGGAAUAAAAAAACUAUUCAGAGACCAGGGCUAUCGACAAACAGUAGAAGCAUACUACAUCAACAAAUUCGGAACAUUGGAACCAAAAGGACUCAAUUCACGGGAGAAAUAG